GAACACGCGCACAGAGCCGCCUUCAAACAUGGCGUCUUGGAGGGGAAAAUGAGUGAUAAUAUGAAAAAGCGGAGGCCUCGGUGCUGAGCGUCCCGCCGAACCGCCGCGGAUCCACGACUCGGGUUCGGUUCUAGACCGGUUUUUAACCGAGCGCCCGGGCCCAGUCGAGCCCGGGGUCGUGUAAAGCGAGCAGGGUGAGGAGGAAAGGCCGAGGCGGAGGGGAGAGCGAGCCGCCGCGGCUCCGUCUUAUUCUGAUGCGUCGACAGACAGAGAGAGCUAGCCGCUGCUAGCAGCUGAACACUGGGCUGGGAGAGGAGGCUUUAGCGCGGCUUUAGCUCGGUUUUCUCUGCUUCUUUUUCUCGUAUAGCAUGCGUGUUGCGUUUAGCGCGUUUUAGGCGGAAAAUGGAGUGAAAUCUGUUCCAUCCGCGCGACAAUCGUUUUACUUGCUGUUAUUAUUCCGCUAAAGUGGCCUGAGUGGAGAGAGGGAGGGAGGGGAGGAGGAAGAAGGGAAGGCAGAGGAGAGGAGAGAGCGGGCACGGUCACACAUCAGAGGCCGCCAGGGAAUGUGUGUGUGUAUGUGUUUUUAUCCGGGGUUAAUCGUUAUAACGUUACUAGCUAAACCAGCAUGGCAUUCAUUACUUUCAUUUUUAGUCUAAAAAGGAGGUGAGGGUGCUGUUUUUUCUCUCCUUUUUUUGGAGGUGGUCUCUCUCUGAGAGCUGAGUGCCCCCCUCCCCUCUUUCCCUCUCUCUUUCUUUUUCUCUCUCUGUGUGUAGCUAGGUUAGCUGUAUCACGCUCUAUCCCUCUCUCUCCUCCCCUCCAUUUCCCUCUCCCUCUCUCCUCCAAUAUGCUAUUUAUUUUUCUCUCUUUUUGACUUUACUCGAGGAUCUUUGGGAGAAUGAGAAUGAGUAGCCACUAGCAGCGCCCGGAUCGGCUUUUUGUAUUUUAUUAUUAUUUUUUAUUUCGACCCCGUUUGUUUUCCAUUCUCCAUCUCGUCGAGAAAUGGACAGAAAUUACCCGGGAGCAGGCUUCGGGGAUCUGGGCGCAGGAGCCGGAUGGAGCUACGAGAGAUCCGCCAAAGCGAGUUUGGUGUAUGGAAGCUCCAGAUCGUCACAUCCAGAAUCAGAACUCCUUCAUCGUCAAGCCUAUGCCACCCCUCACCCCCUACAGGGUUAUGCAACCAAUCACCACCCUGGCAGCUCUGGACAGGGUGGGGCAUGGGGUGCAGCUGGAAGGAGUCUGAGCUUGUCUGGACUUUUCGAUGCUGGGCUACACCAUGCAAGUCCCUCAGGUCCAGACCCAUCUGUUAUGAACCUUAUCUCAGCUCUGGAGUCUCGGGGUCCUCAGCCACCUCCCUCUGCCUCCUCUCUCCUCUCCCAGUUCCGCACUCCAUCUUGGCAGACUGCGAUGCACACACCUGCCCCUGCAGAGCUUUUCAUUUCUGGUGCCCUUCCCGGUUCAGGAUCGUUCCCAUCGUCCUCUGCCUUAUCAGCCUAUCAACACCCAGCUUCAUUUUCCGGGCGCUCAUUUCCCGGGGUGACCCCCUCACUCUCUUUGCAGGACACUCCUACUUUCAGCCCCACGUCCAAUGGCCUGCUGUCCCCCCACGAUCCUUUGCUGCACAUCAAGACGCCCUCUCAGUCAGGUCUGGGCUUUGAUCGCCUCUUGUCAUCUCAGGGUGCUGCUGCAGCCUAUCGUGGAAGCCAUGAUCCUAGUGGCGGCAGUGGUGUCACUUCUGCCCAAGCCUCCUCUGCAGCUUCAGCUUCUGCCCGCCAUCUGCAGUCUCACCAGUUUAACUUGCUGUCCUCACAGCUUCAGGACCAGUCUUCGCAAUUGUACAGUGCAUCUGUGUUUUCUUCUACCCCUGCACCCCCUCAGCCAAGCUCCCAAGAACGAACGGUACCGCGACAAGACAGCGUAAUUAAGCACUACCAGCGUCCCUCACCAGCGCAAGCUCCUGCCUCCACACCUCACCCCCUCCAGCACUACCUCAGCUGUGGAGUGUCUGGAUAUCAGCAGGCCCCUCAUCCUCGUCAUGCUGGCCUCUCCUGCAGCCCGCUGGGGGAGCACAGCCCUUCUUCUGACCAUAAGCCUUCACCCAGAACAGAGCAGUACCGACCCAUCAUCCAGCCCUCUUACGGAUCUUCCUCAUCCUCAUCUUCUGGUGGACAAGGGAAGGGGUCAAAAAGCAGUUCUAGUAGUGGCUACUCUUCAUCCGGCUCUGGAUCCUCCUCUAGAACCCCCCAUACACCACCCUCUGCAUCCUCUGCUUCAUCUUCUUCCUCAUCAUCCUCUUCCUCCUCAGCAUCUGCUGGUGCUCGCCAAUCUAACUCCAUUCCAACCUCUAGCUCUACGUCAGCAUCCUCUCGGCAGCAGCCACCAACCCAGUCUGUGCCUCAUCCCCCGCAAACGCACUCUCAACCCCCUCCUAGCACUUCAAACUCCUCUCAGCAGAGCCUUCCCAAAGCUUGUCUCUCAGGCUACGGCUCCCCUGUUGCUCCCGUCAAGUCAUCCAGCAGUCUGACAGGCCAGACCCCUCCCCAGCAACAGCCUCAGUCAUUCUCUCCAAGCCAGCCCCCUGCAUCACACUUAUCUCAGUCAUAUGGAGGAUUCAGUUCCCCACAGACACAUGACUUGCCUUCAGCCAGGACAUCUGGGGUUGCGAAAGGAUAUGGAAGCCUGGGAAGCCAAUCAUUUUCUGCAGAAUCAGUGUACGGGGCAGAUUCAGGUUAUGGGUCACUGCCUCCAUCUCUAGGGGGAGCUGGGAGCCCCUCAAUGGGCUAUGCUGCCUCAGGGCACUCUCCGGCACUCUUGCGUUCAGGGGCAAGUGGGGGAACAGCAGGUGGGAGUACCAAUGGCGGCAGUUCCGGCACAGGAAGCGGAAGUAGUGUUGGAGGAGGUGGAGGAGGAGGUGGUUCUUACCACAUACCAGAUUCCAGCCCGUCUCCAUCUGGCAAUUCUGGAAUCAUUCGCCCAGGUCUGCACUCUCCUGCUCCCUCUCGACCUGCUCAGUCACCUGUCGGAACAGGAUCCAACAAAUACCUGUCAUCUGUUCUUUCCCCUUCCUUCUUACCCUCCCCUCAGGGUUUCCCAGAUACCCGGGGAGCCAGAUCACAGUCCUACCACCCAUCUGCUUCUCAGAAAACAAAAUCUGAUGCCAGCAUACUUGGUGUUAAUGAGUCUCGGCCACCACAGGAUGAUGACGACGAUGACGAUUUCCUUAUCCAGCAUCUACUUCAGGCACAAAGCCCUACUCCUCAAGCAUCCCAUCAUCAUGCUCCUCAAAGCCAUCAUUCUUCCCAGCCUGCCCAGCAGCCUCCAGUUCUUCCACCUCAGGAUGGAAACAAGGGGCUGUUUAAUGAGAUGAGCAAGAGCUCAGAAGAGCGAUACCACCUUCAGAGUGUUAUUCGGACUCAUAGCGCCACCUCUAAUGCUGCAGUGUCUGGAGCAGGAAGUGGAGCAGGUCUGGACAGUCAGUUGGAGAUGUCCCUAAAGAAGCAGCAACAGCAUCAACAGCAGCAGCAUCAGCAGCAGCAACAGCACCAACCACAUCAACAACAGCAGCAGCAACACAAACAUCAACAGCAGCAACAGAAGAGCAGCCGAACUGUAACGGAAGGAGGAGGACGAGCAAGUUCUGAUCAAACCCAUUCCCAUUCCCAUCAUCACCAUGACUCAAUGGGUUCAGUUGUCCAUUAUGGUCGUGGUGAUCCUUAUUCCCAACACUCCCUUCCCCAACAUCCCUCCUCUCACCAUCAACACACUCCUCACACACCUACACAUUCUCACCUGCAUGCGCACUCCCACAUGGAUCUUCAGAAGAAGCCGCAAGAUUCUGCUGAUAUGGCUUACAUGCGCAAGACACCCGAUCUGCAGCAGCAUCAUCACCAACACCAACAGUCUCAUCAACAACAGCAAACCCCACAUCACCAGUCUCAUCAGCAACAGCAUCCACAGCAGCAGCAACAACAACAGCAGCAGCAGCGUCAGUCUCAGUCCCAAACUCUGAUGGAUUCUCCAACAGACCAGUCCCGCCAGCCUCCUCAUCUGCUACAGUCGGUACUUUCCCACACCACCCGCUCCAAAAUGGAUCCUCAACAACAGCAACACCCUGUCAGUCAGCAAGCUUUGAUGGAAGCAGCCAGUGGAGUUGCUGCAACUGAGUCCCACAGCCAGCCACAGGCAUCUCAGCUACAACUUCAGCUCCAGACCCAAGCUUUGGAAGCUGCUAGUCACUAUGGUCGUAGUUCCCAGCAACAGGACCAGAACCACGCAAAAUCCUCCACAGUGUCCUCUUUGGACAUGCUGGAGCGCUCCCUUUCCAGAACCUCAAGUCAAGAGGGAGGAAUGGUGGAUGACAGAGCAGGAAAUGAAGGAGGCAGAGGAAAUUCUGGAGGUGGUUCUGCAGCAAGUGUUGAGAGACACAGAUCCCAGGAUCAGCAGAGACUUUCCUCUCACCAUUCUUCACAGCACCACCCAUCUGAGUUACAUUCAUAUCUCUCUGAGCCAGAUUUGGGCUUAUCUACCCCUUCCCACGGACAUCACCUUUCCCACCACCACCAUCAGCCACAACAACCCACUCAAGCUCCUCAACAUUCCAACUCCCACCACCAACACCCUCACUCGCAGCAUCCUACUCAGCAGAGCCACCAUCACCUUGCUUCUCAGUCAGCCUCUGCAACUGCACAGCAGCAAGAGCAGCCUCCCCACUCCUCUCAGCUUCCUCAAGCACAGCUUGACCAGCAGCAGCACCAGGCAGAGCAUCACUUUGACACAAGGAACUCAGCAGUAAAGUCCAGCCAGAAUCCAAAUCAGUCCCAGCAGAGCCAGAGGUUUGUUCCUUUAACAUCCAUCUGCUUCCCAGACUCUCUGCUUCCUGAUGAAGAUCGUUCCUUCUUUCCUGGAAUGGAGGACAUGUUCUGCCCUGAGGAGUACAAGUCAGGGCAGGGACAGGAUGGAGUUACCCAGCCUCAGGCAGGACAAGAUGGCAUGGAUGGCAUGAAGUCGACCGCAGAAGCUGGAGGAGAUGAUACAGGUGCAAACUAUGACAUGCUUGGCCACCACGGCGAACAAGAUUAUGGGCAAUAUUGCCAUGAUCUUUCUGAGCCUGACAAUGGAACCAUGCAUCUGGACCUUGACUCUUUGAAGACUCAUGAGCUCCCAUCUACAGUCAAUACGGAGCAGCUUGGGCUGAUCCAGUCUCAGCCACCCAGUCUUGCGAUGGGAAAUCCUGGGAACGUCGGGGAAGGUUCUGGUGCCAAGUUGGGAAGUUCUGGAAGUUCCGGAACUGGAUCUGGAGGGCUCACCUCACCGAUUUUCUGCUCAUCUCGUCCCAAGAAGCUCUUGAAGUCCAGCUCCUUCCACUUGCUCAAGGAGAGACCGGAUCCUAAUUCCCUUCCUAAAAAGAGCUAUGCACAGGAGUAUGAAUUUGAGGACGAUGAGGACAAGGCUGAUGUUCCUGCAGACAUUCGAUUGAACAGCCGAAGGCUUCCUGACCUGAUUCCGGACCUUGUAUCCAGCUGCCGGAAGUCUGGUGGAACUAUGAGCCCUCUAAUGGGUGACUUAGAUUUUGGAUAUCCUUCUCUCGGCCCGCCUCCACAAUUACUGCCUCAUGAUGGACCCAAAAAGAGAGGCAGGAAGCCAACCAAGCCCAAACGGGAAGGGCCCCCAAGGCCCCGUGGCCGCCCACGCAUACGCCCUUUGCCCGAGCCCCAACACUCCAGGGGCAUGAUGGGAGAGUGUGGAACAGGAUAUGUUCCUGAGAGAGGCAGAGGAAGGGGCAGAGGCAGAGGGAGAGGCAGGCGGGAUGAUUCGAUGAUUGACAUGGACAUGGCCAACAAGGAGCAGGGUCAGCUGUACCAACAGCAUAUGCAACAACAGACAAUGCACCACCAGACACAACAGCAACACCAAGAGCCAAUCAAACCUAUCAAGAUCAAGCUUCCUGUUGGGACCAUGUCGUCUUCUGAUGCCCUCUUGCGGACAGAUUCUUUAUCUGGUACUGAUCCAGCGCUCUCCGAUGGUUCUGUGGGCUCUGCUCCUUCUUUGGGAUUGAGUCCAGGGACCCCAGGCGUGCCUGAUAUCAGCAGACCGCAAGACAAGAAGUCCAAAUCUCAAGAGAUGGAAGAAAAGGAAUCUGAGAAGACUGGCUUUGUGGCUUCUUUCUUGGAUUUCCUAAAGUCUGGGAAAAGGUCAGGCAGCAGCUCCGGGAACGGUGACUCAUCUCCAGGGAAAAGUGGAGGUAUCCGUCCCAUAUCCCCUCAACCACCACCUCCACCAGCCCCUUCAGCCCCAUCUGCUUAUGGGGAUGGUGAAGGUGACGGUGGUCUGACACUGGGUGGAUGCCCUAGUCCUUGCAAGCGCUUGGAUGAAGAGCUGAAGAGGAACCUGGAGACACUUCCAUCCUUCUCAUCAGAUGAAGAGGACUCUGUGGGAAAGAACCAGGACCUGCAAAAGAGCAUCUCCUCUGCCAUCUCUGCCCUCUACGACACGCCACAGCUCAGCACCUCCACAAUGCAGCCUCCUUCACUGCCCCCACCACCUCCACCGCCUCCUCCUGCACCACUGACACCGACACCAGCACCUGCCCUUAGCCCACAAACUGCAGCUCACAUGCACACUCAGCCCCCCUCGCUCGUGCAGACGCAGUCCAUGGAGUCUCCUGUUUUGCCUAGGGAGGAGCAGGACGAAGAGAUGGAAGAGGAGGAGAAGAUGAAAGAUGACAAUGAAGAAGAGGAGCAAGAAAACGAAACAGAAGAGAAAGAGCCAGAAAUGGAGAUGCUGACUGUUCCGAAAGUAGGAGACUCCCCUAAAGAAGCUCCUCAAGCAGCACCCCCCUCUUCCCUUCCACCUCUCUUUCCAUCUUCCCCUGCUCCAUCCUCUUCUCCCUCUCCGCCUCCUCUUCCUCCUCUCUCCCUCCCGUCCCCGCUUCCUCAGCUGGAGGACAACCCAUCUCCAGUGCAGAAACCUCCACCACAGAGCUCUCCACCUCCAUCCAGUCCUCUUGUACCUUCUUUACCUGUCCUCUCUCCCCCACCUGCCCCUCCAACCACCUCUCCACCAUCCUCCAGUCCUCCACCCCCCAGCCCUCCUCCACCUCCUCAGCACGCUCCAGCUCCCUCCUCUCCGGAGGAGCCCCCCACCCCUCAGAUCCUGCCGCUACACCUGGCGCAGAAGCAGAGCGGCGCUGCCAUCACGGGGGAGACUGAUGAGGACGAGAGUGAGAGUGGGGGAGAGGGUAUUUUCAGGGAGAGGGAUGAGUUCGUGGUACGGAUAGAGGACAUCAGGACACUUAAGAUGGCGCUGCAGACAGGUCGGGAGCCCCCUCCCAUCUGGCGUGUUCAGAAAGCCCUCCUGCAGAAGUUCGCACCAGAGAUCAAAGAUGGACAGAGGCAGUUCUGUGCCACCAGUAAUUAUCUUGGUUACUUUGGUGAUGCGAAAAAACGGUACCAGCGGCUCUACGUGAAGUUCCUGGAGAACGUCAAUAAGAAGGACUAUGUAAGAGUUUGCUCGUGCAAGCCCUGGCACAGACCUUCUGCUACACUCAGACGCCAGGCACAGUCCCAGUCGGUCCAGAAGAUCACCCCACCUCCUAACAACCAGACUCCUCCUCGUGCUGCGAGAGAAGAGAAGGAGAAAGAGCGAGAGAAGACGAAAGAGAAAGAGCAGCGCGAGGCCAGAGAGAAGAACAACAUCCGGGUGAAAGAGCAGCAGGAGCGCGUGACCAAAAUGAAGGAGCGAGAGGAGAAGAAAGAGAAGGAGAAGAAAACGCCACCUCCUCCGGCACCUCAGAAGCCGGAGAAGCGGUCAGUGGAGCGAGGGAAGGUGAAGGAGGAGAAAAGGGCGGCAGCAGCAGCAGUGGAGAAGAAGAUGGAGCGCUCUGUGAAGCAGCAGCCAGUGAAGGUGAAAGCAGAACCUCCACCCAAAAAGAGGAGAAAGUGGCUGAAGGAGCCUGAAGUUCCGUCAUCAUCAGAGUCUGACUCCUCAGCCAGCGAGGAAGAGACAGUCUCUGUGAAAGCAAGUCUGAACACUCGUGCCAUGCGGGAGAUGUACCGAAGCUACGUGGAGAUGCUGGUCAGCACAGCUCUGGAUCCAGACAUGAUCCAGGCGCUGGAGGACACUGAAGAUGAACUGUACCUCCCUCCAAUGAGAAAAAUCGACAGCAUUCUCAGUGAGCAGAAGAGGAAGCUUCUGAAACGAGUCAACAUGAACUCCCAGCACCAGGAGGUCAUUCAUACCUUCCCCCAGAUAACAGCGGAGCCGUUCGACUCUGGAGCAAUGAGGGUAAAGCUUGGUGGGGAGUGCUACAACCGGAAAACCCUGAACCGCGUCAAAAAGAGUGUUCCCAAACCACAGGACCUCAAGCUGUCAACAGAGACGUGUCGACUCUACAGUCUUUACCAUUCUCUGCAUCAUUACAAAUAUCACACUUUCUUAAUCUGUAAGAAAGAGACAAAUACCAUCGAACAGGCCUCAGAAGACCCCGGGCAGGAAGAGGUGGUUCAGCAGUGCAUGGCCAAUCAGAGCUGGCUGGACACGCUUUUCAGCUCCUUCUUAGAGCUGAUGACCCUCAGUGCCAAAGCCUGAAGGAGCGAAAACCAACCGGAGAGGAAAACAAAGGCAGGGGGAGGAGGACGCUGAAAGAAACAAAGAGACAAGAGGCCUCGUAUGGAACAAAUAACGUGGAUUUGUUUUUAGCCCUUCAGAACCCUCUCCUGUUGUUUUAACCCAAGCGCUUCUUAAGACGAUUGUGGAGCAGCGUGACAAGUUCGGCUCUAGAUCUUUUUUUUUGUGCUGGAUCUUUUCUGAAAGCGGGAUCUGACGACUAAACAGAUUUUUAUUAAGAACGAGUUCACUCGUGUAGACGUGACCGGUUUCCCCCCUUUUUUCCUUAUGUUUUUUAUCGGAAAAGGGUCGACCUUCCCCGCUCUCCCCAGGUGAUGAAUUCGUUGACUGUUAUGAGAAAAGAGCUGGACUGAAGCCCGGGACUCCGGCCCGAAGGCGAACACUGUAUAAACUGUAUUUUUCCGCCUUUGGUUUCGUCCUGUUUCUCCGGCGUCUCAAUUAACUGACAAAUAACGGCUUCGACGAAGACAACGCUAGGAGGAAGUCUGUUUUGAAUUUUACACAGAUUAUUUUUUAAGACUACAAACUGUUUUAUUCUGCAUUCUUCUUUCUUUCUUGGGGCGACAGAAUGGGUGGAGUGACGCUUGUGUUUUUUAAAGAAGUAAGAAGUGAAGAGUGCGGUGCGAAAGGAGAAGAAGAAAACUGACACGGUGGAGUAAAAGAAAAGGAUGUUAAAACGACGUAACGGUGUAACACUUCAGGAUACGUGAGUGACGCGAGUGAGCUAGUAAUACACACAUUUUUAUUAUUUAUAUAAAAGACAUUUCUAACAGGAACUCAUGUGAGCGACGCAAAGGCAGCAGCGCUUCAUUAUCCGUUUCCUAACAUUUGAGUUAUAUAUCAGAAUCACACCGUCGUGCUCUGAGCUGUCUUCCUGUAGGCUCGUGAAGGGUCGGUGGGCGAGACGAGGCGAUGUGCUGUCUGUGAGAGAGAGAGAGACAGAGAGAGAGAGACAGAAAUAAAUAAAAUUAUACUUCAAACUACGCAAAACUGUAAUAUUUCAGUGCAUUCUUCAGAAGAUGGACAAUGAAAAUAAGAGCUAACUAUAGCAUCCACUUCCCACUAGGGAAAGAUUAUGUAUUAGUAAUAUUUAAAGAGGACUGUUUUUGUUUUGUUUUUUGUUUUUAACUGUUUGUCCUUUGUCUGUAUUAUGAGUAUUAUUUUGGAACAAUCUAAUACUGUGCUUCUUUCAAAAACAAAGCCUUUGUGUAAAUAUUGUACAGCUCUUCACACAAAACUCAGUUCUUCUGUACAUGGACUAUUCCUGUAUUUGACAAACAAAAUAAAAUCAAGGAGCGUAUACAGUCUCAAGAAUCA